AGCGAGCGAGAGAGAGGGAGGGAGGGAGAGAGGAGGACAGGAAGAAAUAGGGACUGAAAUUAGAGAGUGAGAGAGAGAGAGACAGAGAGCGUAAACGGUAGAGAGGAGCGGCGCACACCAGAUCACAUGCAGGCGAUUGUCCAGGGAGAGAACAGGCGCACACACACGUCGGCAUGGACCCUGCGGAAGACUACAAGUCGCCGUUCGAUUUUGAGCAGGGUGUGAACACCAGUUACCUGUACCUGUCUCCCAGUGACAGCGUCACGCCCCCGGGCUCUCCAGCAACGGCAGUGAGAGUUACACCCAGACCGGACUCCAUACCGGAGGUGGGAGAAGAUGCGGCGGCCAGCGUCGGCGUGACGCCCACGACCCUGACACAAGAAGAACAGGAGGAGCUACGCAGCGAGCUGGCCAAGGUGGAGGAUGAAAUCCUCACUCUCUCCCAAGUCCUGGCAGCUAAGGAGAAACACGUGGCAGAGAUCAAGAGGAAGCUGGGCAUGUCUCCGCUCAACGAGUUCAAGCAGAACCUCACCAAGAGCUGGCAGGAGGUCACCACAUCUGUUGUCUACAGGAGGACCUCGGAGACCCUGAGCCAGGCCGGGCAGAAGGCCACGGCCGCCUUCAGCAGCGUGGGCUCGGCCAUCAGCAGGAAACUGGAGGACGUCAGAUUACAGAGCCUUUCCAACUCCUUUAGCAUACACUCCAUACAGCACUCUAUUAGCAUGCCUGCAAUGAGGAACACUCCCACGUUUAAGUCCUUUGAAGGGAGGGUGGAGACAUUAAAGACCAAGGUGAGCCCCGCGGAAUCGACCGGAGAUUUCGGCGAGGUUCUGAACUCCACGGCCAGCGCCGCCCCUCCGCCCGAGGCCACACCCGAAGUGGAGGUGCCCCCAGCAGACAGCGAGGAGCCCCACUGAUACCCCCCCUCCUCCCCUGGCUCCCCUCUCACCCCGCCCCCUCCUCCUCUCCAACAUUUGGCCACCCUAUCACGACAAACCAAAGGAAAACCACAGAAUAAGAGUAUACUUGUGCACCCAUUCGGAUCCUGAUUUAGUUUUACGUUACAUUGAUCCCUGAACAAAUUGUCAGGACACAUUCAUAUUUAUUUGUGCUGAUAAGGUAAUCGCCUUAAUUGGUUAGGAAAUGGCACAGGUUGACAAGGCACACAGACAAGGCCAAAAACGCAAAAGGACUCAACUGAAGAAGCCAGGGUCCAGAAUUUCUGGUCCAUUUAGGUUUUUUCUGGAUUAUAAUCAGUUGUAUAAUUAGUCUGGGUCAAAACGUUUCAGGCAGUGCCGUUGCAGUCUCACACUGGAACAGUAGACACUACACACUUUCUGUAUCUUUUUCAUUAUUUAAAGGUGCGACCCAGGGCUUCUUACGUUUUACAUACCUGCUUAUGACGCCAUGUAUUUACAUAAGGAACUGGGCUUAAAUGCUUUGUUUGAGGGCACAGCGUAACAGGAUUCGAACCCGCCAUUCUCCUCACACCAUGAGUGUGGGGGUCUCGCAUACUUAUGUGUAGGUCAUAUUCACCCUUACGUGUUAUCAUUUCCUAACCGGCCGUUUUCACCUUGACAGUAACGUUUGACUGAUUAAAUACAUAUGGGAGAAGGUCAUUCAUCUUUUAAGGAUCUUGUUACAUCAUAAUAUGGUAACUACUGUCACUUUAUUUUUUUUGUCUCUGAAAUUGAGUAAUAUUGAUAAAUGUUUUGAAUAAUAGUGUUACCCUCGCCCGUCUCACACCUGAAGAAUUAGUUUUUAAAAUAGUAUAUAUAUUACACACAGAAAAUGGUAUAUUAUAUCUGAAGACCAAUUUUACCCUGUUUCUGUGUUCUAGUCUAUACAAAGCACUGUGGUUUAGUUCAAAAACUGUACACCAAAAUAUACUAUAUGAGGCAACAAGUGCCAUUGGGUGCUGUUAUGGCAACAUGCACACCCUUGUCAACAAAGCUAGCCAGUACAAAAGGACGGUUGCAAUACCCUGGAGUUGCACUUUGAGGUGAAAGUUCAGCUCACAGCUAAAGAUCCUGUACUGUUGCUAUGUGUUACAGAUGCUUUAGUUCACCUGUCCAAACCAGCUCUAGUUUUUUGGCUUGCUGAGUCUGCUGAGAACUUGUAGCCAUGAUGCUUUCAGUUGGAUGCAGUCCUUGAAAAACCCCCACUUUGAGGAGAUGAAGGCACUUUUGACUUUUUCCAGAAUGUUCUCAGAGGGCUCUGUACGAUUAGAAGGAUGUCUACUUCUUUAAUAGCGUUACAUUUACGAAUGAAAGCCAAUUCAACAUUUUCGGUUGGCCAAAGUUCGCAGCACCCCCAGUCAGCAAUGGGUUGUAAUUGAAACGUUAGAUUUUCUUUCUGUUUAUAAUAUUUCUGUUGACAGCCACAUGAAUGCCAUAAUCUUGAGUGAAGCAUCAUUUUUCUCCGAAUGGAUUCUUUUGUCCAGUCAUUCCAUACCCACAAUGCUAAGCUAUGCUUUUAGAUAUUUCACUUUGACAGCGGAUGUGAUGAUUUAGAAGAAGAAUUUAUUAGAAUAAUAUAUUAUAGCUAGAGUAAUGUUUGUCAAGGGAGGUCGGCAUGCUUUUUGUGCAAAGCUGAAUUGGUUUGACUGCCUCGCCUCAGAAAAUCUGCAUUGGAGAUUAUGUUGGGUUUUAGUGUAACUGAGCCAAAGCAUCUUUAUCUACUGUGCCAAUCAAGAUAUCUCCAACCAGUUUACGUUUUCUCUUUAAAUUCAUAUAAAGUAGGCCGUACAUUUUUGUUUUAUUUGUUUAGAGGUAUUUAGUGAAAUAUAUUUAAUAUAUUUCAUAAUUUAUAGCAUAUUGUACUCAUACCUAUAAUUAUAAUCCUAAAUGAUAAAUGCUUGCAAUUUCUAACUACUAAAGUCAGAUUGAACUGGUGAAUCCUUUGAGGUAUAGUUGAGAUUGUAUGUAUGUAUGUAAUAAUUGAAUAAUUGAUUGUUAAUACACUAAUCAGCUAUACUAGACUGGCUGAGAUGGGUUUUUGUGGAAGAUUCUGCUUUGAGAAGGGUGCCUAGUUGUUUUCAACUCACUGCUUUUUAGGCUUACAGAUCGAUCAUUACAUUUUAUUUCUUUAAUUAUGUUAACCAAAUGAAAUUUAGGCAUCACAUUCCAGUUUAGUUUAAUUACGAAGAGCAUUUAAGCAAGGCCGUUGCGUUUUUUUUUUUUUUUUUUUUAAAGGCUGGAUUUAAGGCCGCGCUUCGUAAACAACCACGAUUCCAGAUUGGUUUGGUUGUUUUGUGGAAGCGCUGAAGUAGAUACUUUCAGGCGUUUUUUGGAUGGAGUGCCAACUACUACUGUGUUGUUUCCUCCGUGUGGAAUUGCAUUUGCCUUGGCGGUGUUUACACACAUCUCAUUUGUGAUUGCAGUCUUCUGCCGUCAGUUAGCCCCACCUGACAGCUGUCAGUCUUGUCUGGUUCCUAUGUUGGUUGCUUAGGAGUAUUCCUUUGAAGUACCUGCUUGGUAUCACUCCACUCUGUUCUACACACUCAAUUCUGUUGAGUCUGAUGAAAUAUCGCCAUGUCUUAAAUAAAACAAGUGAAGAAAAACAACGCUCCAGAAGUUUCAUGUUUACCAAAAAAAAAAGCCAACACGUAAGUGAACAGUAAGACUUAAUUUGCAGGUGUGGAUUUAAGUGCUACGGAUUUUAAAGCUUUAGUAAACAACUGCAAAUGUACUUUUUUUCCCAGUCCAUUGUGGCAUUACCAAUUUCCCUCUGAAAUAUCUCCAGAGUAGCAACUUCGAUCUACUUUGAAUGGCGGCAAGGCUUUCUGCUCUCGUAAAGGCAGUGUAUGUACACGUCUGUCACGAGGAAAUGUCCUGUGUACAUUCCUGUAGUACAGCCACAUUCCUGUUUGCCUCUUUAUUGACUAGGAAACCUGAGGUGGCAAAUGAAGGCAACGUUAAGUGAAUGACGGCUGCAUGUUGUCAGUGUUUUUUCUGGGAGUGAUAUUGCUGCUUUGAUGAUUUCUGUGCUCUGUGUAGUACAUGAUGCGGUUUGGCCUCAACCACCAAUAAUGGUGGACAGGGUCGGCCAAUUUGACAUCUUGUAACCACAUUUAGUGAUUUUUUUCUCCUUUUACUGUUUGCUGAAAAACACUUGGGAUGUAUCCAAGAAGGUCAUAAUACAUUGCCAGCACAACCUUAUUUGUUUCUAUGUCCAAUGCUAAAUAAAACAAUGAAAGCACAAAAAAA